AUGGAACAGAGAGCAGUCAUCCAUGCUUAUCGGCAUCUCUACCGACAAGGCCUCAAGUUGAUCAAUUAUUCCGCUCCAUCUCGGCAUGUUCUACUUCGGACACUGCGAUCAGCCUUUCGCUCUUCACCCGCUCGUGAUUUCGAUCCAAAGAAGGUAGCCAAUACGUUGCGCUUCCUUCAGCGCGCAUCCGAUGUCGCCGGAUUGGAACACAAAAUUGUGAAGAACCUUCUGAUGGUCCGAUAUUGGGAGCAACCGCAGGUGAAGAAAGACGUGAAACUCUUAAGAGGACUAGGCAAUGAUCGAAAUGAAUUUGCCAUACGCAAAGAUGCCAAUGAGCAUUUCAAUCGCACACUGAUGCUACUGAAUGAAAGCUUGGGGACGUGUCUCAGGUGA